AAGCGGGAGGAGCAAAAAUGAGAAAUUAACGGAUAAAUGAAAUGCAUAGGUGGAUGAAGGUAGGAGAUGGAAUGCCCUGUCACGAGGCCGGUGUCCCUCGACGGUGGGAAAGCCACGAUUGCAUGAUUGAGUUACAGUGAACGUGGCACGCUCUACCACCACUGAUAUAUCUCCAUCGUUAGCCCCACUUUCUUCUCAUCCUCCCUACUCCCUACCACCCUACCCUUUAUUAAUUAAUAUCCUGUGUUGCUCUUAAGUAUAUCACAUAUGCACCGCGAUUCAAUACUGGCUAGUUUAAUUUGUUGCCUUUGCCUGCACUAAUAAUAUUUGCACUAGUGGCACGUAGUGAAGCUCAAACAUGGGUAGAGCUCCUUGUUGUGAGAAAGUGGGAUUGAAGAAAGGGAGGUGGACAGAGGAGGAGGAUGAAAUUUUGGCCAAGUACAUUCAGGCCAAUGGAGAAGGUUCUUGGAGGGCAUUGCCAAAAAAAGCAGGGCUGCUAAGGUGUGGGAAGAGUUGCAGGCUUAGGUGGAUUAACUAUUUGAGAGCUGAUCUCAAACGUGGGAACAUUUCUGUUGAGGAGGAAACUACCAUCGUCAAAUUGCAUGCUUCGUUUGGCAACAGGUGGUCGUUGAUAGCAAGUCACUUGGCUGGAAGAACAGACAACGAGAUAAAAAACUAUUGGAACUCUCACUUGAGCAGAAAAAUCUACAGCUUCCGCGGCGGGACAAGUAAUAAAGACUUCAUCACCGGUACCCUACCCCCCAGCCGGAAACGUGGUAGGACCAGUCGAUGGGCCAUGAAGAAGAACAAAUCCUAUGCCCACAAACAAAUUCACUCUACUCAUAACAACCAACCACUUGAGACCCACAAUUUCCCCACCAAUAUUAGUGCCCAUCACCAACAAAAUCUUGCAACUCAAGAACAAAACCUUUGUGAGGAAGCUGUACAUCUUGUUAAUGAUAUCAUGAUGGACAAUUGCUGGAAGGAACCAAGUGGGGCUUUGGCCUUUUUUGGUAGCAAUGAUGUGGUUCGGAAUAUUCAAAGUGGUGACGACACGUGUGCCAACAAAAUUAUUGGGGAGUUACGUUCUUCCUCCUCCGUGGCUUCGGGCUUGGACGAUGAUAACUGGGACUGGGAAAGCAUGGUGCACUUCGAUCAUGAAGACCUCCUCACUUGGUUGUGUGAAGAUGAAGACCGAGAAACGGAUUUUCAGAGCUUUCGAGAGAUUGAUCCAUAGAAACAAAAUGCUAUGCUUCAUUGCUUUCUCUCUUCAACCUGAUGUAUAAUCACUUUUCUUUUAGGUGUUAAGGACCACAUAUAUAUUCUCUGUCAUUUUUCUUCCCCUUCAUGAUCAUUUAUGGAUGUAAAAACCAGAGUAAAUUACGAUUA